AUGUCGGAUCCUGGUGUCGGUCCUGGUGUUAUGUGUGCUGUUUUUGAACAUGCUCUCACUGACAUGUGUGAGGAUGCCAAGCUGUGCAGACGACGGGAUGGUCACGCUGGUUACUUCAAUCUCAACACCACCAGUGUAGUCUGCACUCCUCACCAUCAAGCAGAUAAUGAGGCAUUCGGCUUUCUUGCUGCUGCUCAUCUCUUCCUUACUGGACAUGGGCCGCACCCCCUCUCCCCUGCCAUCAUCAUAUUUUGUAUUGCAGGUUAUGAUGGGCUUUUUGAUCUUGAACUUAUAGGUCAGGUGCUUCCUGAUUCUAUGGGGCUACUGAAAAAAUGGGCAUUGACUGUUCCUGCCACCACCGAAAUUUUUAUUGGAUCAGACAUUACAACACUCGGCAUUGAUCACCUUGAUGCAAGUCCAUCUGAGAUCCUGGAAGCUGUAUCAAAUGACAGGUGGCGCUCACUUACAGAAGCAUUCUACUCUGCUAUAUUAUUUGGAGACAUGGGCGCUGCAACAUCCUCAGCAAUGACCAACUUUAAACAAGGAUUUAAUAUCCGUGUCUCUGACACACAAAGCCUGUGUGAUACACUCUGUGAUUGUUAUAAGACCAUUCUCCCUGGUUGCUAUGGGAGAAUGAUUCGAGGUCCUACGUGUGUUAUAAGCAAGAUUGCCUUUAGGAGCGCAUCAUCCAAUAUCGAUCGGAGAUAUUCCAGCACCUCAACUCCCGAGGACUCUCUUGCGAUCUCACGACAGUUGCAGGCCAUACAACCCACCAAUUUUAUGGCUGAAUCUGAGCGAAACAAGGACAAGGACGACCCAACUCUUCGUUCAUGUCUCUUUAUGAGAUUUUGCACAGGGUCGCAAUUGAUGCCUCAUAGAAAAUACUGGGAGAUAAAGCUUUCAUUCGUCUCAGACCUCCUGGACACAAAAGCUCACUUUAUUCUGCAGAAUGCAUCUUCUGAUUGGAAGCCUGAGCCCUUACCACUGUUUGCACAUACGUGCACAGGUGACAUUGAGGUUGCCUUGAAUUCCACCCUCAUCAAGUAUAUCACUGAAGCGCUACCACCUAAUGAUGAUGGAAGGCUGGUCACAUGGUUUGAUGUUUGGAUCCAUUCAAAUUUGAUGUGA